AUGAGAAGAAUGAGUGUGUUCCCCUCGGGAACAUCUCUAGGAAACCUGGGACUGACAGCAAACGUACUCCAACAGGAAGAUGAAAACAAUACAUCUGAACUGGUAUCGGAGCUGGCAAAUCUGUCAGACAGGGCAAGAAUUCAAGCCAUACGGUCAUUGCCUAUGUCAUACGAUGAAAGGCGAAGAAUCAGGAGCAGAGCGAUCUCUGUCAAAACUUCAAAGAACAUCUUUAAUAUAGAUUGUAGUCAGCAGGUGUCUCGGUCGUUUCGUAGAUUUGGUGCCAGCGUGGCAUCAGCCAGACAGUGGUUGGUUGUGUGGCAUGGGACUCUAAAGGAGAUAGGAGGCAGGUUUGGUACUUCUGUCCUCUCUUACUUUUUGUUCCUUAAAUGGCUCCUGAAAUUCAACGUCUUCUCGCUGAUCAUCAAUUUCUGCUUCAUCACGAUCCCCCAAAUCGUGCACGCACCCAACAUCAGCAAUGUUACUGGGUUCAGGGGUCUUGAGCUUCUCACCGGAGUGGGUUAUUUUAACCAGACCGUGCUGUUCUAUGGAGGCUAUAAUGGUGAAGUGAUUGUAUCCAAGCCACCCUAUAACAUGCAGUUGGCUUAUUUCUUCACCAUAGCUGCGUAUCUAGUACUGUGUGGGGUGUCUCUUAUUUAUAGCAUGUCCAGGUCCUUUCAGAAGAACUUUGUGUUGGAGUCAGGACCCGUCUCUGGAGGAGCGUGGCGUCUGCUGUGCAGCUGGGAUUUCAGUGUCGUCAAUGAGAAAGCCAUACAGAACAACAAGAACAACCUCGGCACUCAGCUGAAGGAGUCUUUAUCGGAAAGGUUACAAAUGAAACACACAAUGUCAAUGUCAGAGCGGAUGAAGUAUCUGUCUCUCCACGUUCUGGCCUGGCUUCUCUCUUUAGGACUAGCUGUUGGCUCAUGUGCAGGCAUCUACUUCCUAGGAAUAGAUCAGCUGGAGACCUCCAGCCUGAAUCACAAUCCGAAUGAUUUAACAGCAGAGGCAUCCACUCUUCUUCUGCCGGUGGUGGUGUCCCUCAUCAACCUGAUAGUGCCUCUCCUCUACUCCCUCAUUAGCAUAAUGGAGCGUUACUCUAACCCUCGGGCAAAGAUCUACAUCAGCAUCACAAGAAACGUUGUUUUGAAGAUGUCUAUUUUGGGAAUUCUUUGCUAUUACUGGCUGAAUUCUGUGCCUGAGAACAUGGUGUGUUGGGAGUCUUUUGUGGGGCAGAGUGUGUAUCGACUGCUGAUAAUUGACUUCAUUUUCUGCCUAUUUGGCACUUUUUUUGGCGAGUUUCUACGCAAUGUAAUUGGAACCACAUGCGCCCCGAGUCUUGGCGUCCCAGAGUUUGACAUUGCUAGGAAUGUACUCGAUUUAAUCUAUGCCCAGACGCUGGCUUGGAUUGGUAUUUACUUCUCCCCCCUACUUCCUGUAAUGCAAGUCAUCAAAUUGUUGAUCAUUUUUUACAUGAAAAAGGUCAGUCUGAGUAUGAACUGUCAGCCGCCCAAACACACGGGCAGAGCCGCUCAGAUGCAGACGGUCUUCAUCGCUUUACUUUUCUUCCCCUCGUUUGUGGGGGCGCUGUCCAUGGUAGCAUACACAGUGUGGAGUCUGAAGCCCUCCAAAUACUGUGGACCCUUCCAGGGCCUUCAAACCCCCUUCCACACCAUCCUCAGCUGGACCGUUUAUAUUCAGAACCUUCCAGGAACUUAUUGGGUCUGGUGGAUAUUUGAAAACGUGCUGAGGAACGAACUCUUCUACUAUUUGGUUACUCUCAUCAUCUUAGUCAUCACUUAUUUUCUCUGGCAAAUCACUCAGGGACGGAAAGAGCUCAUCAGGACUCUACGACAGCAGAUUGUGAAUGAAGGGAAGGACAAAGCCUUUCUCUUAAAUCAACUACAGAAUACACAGAAGCAGAGAAGGCAAAUGGCAUCUUUCAGAUAUCAGGAAUUUGACCAGACACUACAUUUCAACCCAAACUGGAUUAAUACUCUCCCCUUGGAUAUGUGAAAGGAUGUUCUUUAUGCUUUUAU